AUGUCACCUUAUCCUUCUGUUGCCACUGCCCAAUUGCCACCAACACCACAGGCAACCCCACGCAACUCCUCAUCGUGCUCUGGUUUAUCAAUGGCAAAUGCGCUGUCAUUCAGUGCCAACUCCAAUCUCAUGAAUUACUCUCUACCAACAAGCGAUCGAAAGGAGACGACGACAGCUUAUCAGGAGUCUGCUGCUGGAAAAGAGACUCGGCGAGAGAUUCAACGAGGGAAUUCAAACACCAAAACGAGACAACUGGAUGCACAAAUUGAACGACUCACGCUUCAAAAUGUCAAGUUGCAACGCACCAAUCGACUACUUAAAGUGGAUACCGACAAUUUGAUCAAACAAAAGACUCAACCAUUGGAAGAAAACGUCCGUCAACUUACGCUUGCCAAUGUACAGCUACAACGAGCAGCACGUUUAUUACAGCAGGAUCUGGAAGAAAAGUCAAUGUGCCUUGAAAAGUUGAAGCAAGAGCAAAUCACUCAGAUGAAAUCAGUUGGCCCUGAAUACGAGUUUCUUGUACAAAUGAUCAAUCUUUUACAUCGCCAGAUUAGCGGAGACCCCACAUGCAAUGAGACUUGCUGCUUCACCCUUCAGCCAAUUAGUCAAUCAACCACUGUCAUGACCCUGCCUCCAGAAAACGACAAAGUGGAUUCCCAACACAUUUGCAGGCCAAUUGUGCACUCCUCCGUAUCCCAAGGCUCCUAUGCCAUCGAAUUGGAAAAUAAGAUUGUACACCUUGAGCAGGUGGUGGAGGAGCUUGAUGACGACAAGGGACAAAUACUACGUCAAAUGGCAUUCAAGGACAACGAUAUCGAGACGCUCAAGAAGGAGUUACAACUCAAGGACAACAUUGUAUCUCAAUUGGAACAAGAUUUCUUGGACUUGGAAGAGCAGCUGAGAUACUUGCAACACGAGUUGGAUGAUCGCCGAUUGACGCAAUCCAAGGAGGAACACCUGCAGGAUCCAAAACGGCAAUCGCAGCUUCUUAUGGAGAGGAAAAGACGUUCGUUAGCUAUCAAGGACAGCAAUGAAUUGGAGCACAUGUUAUCUGGUGACCUGGAUUACAAUAAUCUUUACAAUGAUCAAGACGAGGAUACGUUAUGUGAUAAGGAAAGCAGCACUCCUUCAAGGCUAUCCGAAUCGUUCAAGAUUGAUAAUGAGCCACUACACGAUGAUCAACCAUUGGAUGAUUAUUAUCACGAGUCGUUGCAGCAAGCAUCCUCCCAGCACCACCAAGCAGCAAACAUCAGUAUCCCAUGUCAUUACUCGGAGCAAUUACAUGAACGUGGCAUCAAUGACACUAUCAAAGAUAAGAGUAAUUCAUCUGGAGAAAGAGGACAACAUCCAUUUGCUCUAUUUGCUGUUUUGGCAGGAGCGCUUGGCUUUGCUUCGCAGUUGGGAGUCACCGAUGAUUGGACAUUGCCUAUCACUCUUGCAAUUCUGGUGUCUGUAUUCUUGCGAUCUGAAGCUGCCAAGGAUAUGCAGUUCAAGGUGAAACUCAAUUGA